AUGACGUAUCGAGUAUUGUUGAUAUCACUGUUAGUAUACAGCAUAAAUUGCAAUGUAAUAAUUAGAACAGAUGCAAGAUGCGUUUGUAAGCAAUGGAAAUUAGCUCUUGAGUGUGCUAAUGAUUAGGAUUGCAUAUGGAAUAGUAAUACAAAAACUUGUGAAUAAGAAGAAUGUUCAAGCAUAAAAAGUUAAUCCAUAUGUUCUGCUGAUGAAGGUUGUCAAUAUAGGGAUGGAAAAUGUGAGAAUUUUACAAAGUGUGAAGAUCUGAAGGGCAAAACUAUUAAUGAGUGUAGAUUUAUGUCAACAAACUGUAGAGAGAGUAAUGGUGAGCAUUGUUUACCUAAUGCUCAAGAAAGGCUAUGUGCUCAGUUCACAAAUGAAGGUGAAUGCAUUCAAGGUUAAGAUGGAUUUUGUUUAUGGUCAGAUUCAAAAUGCACUUUAUGGAGUUAAUGCGCUUAAGCAAAUUCAAAGAUUUAAUGUGAAAUGCUUCCCCAAAGUUGUGAUUGGUCAGCCACAUUAAAGAUUUGUUUGCAGAAAAAAUGCUCAGAAAUAGAUCACGAAUAUGACUGUGUAGCAGUAUAAGAAGGACCUAAUAGUCAUUUAUAUGAAGUGUGUGAAUGGAAUUAUGUCUUAAAACAAUGUGAAUCAUCUAUCCCAGAUAUUCUGACAUUUGAUACAUGUGCCAGUAACACUUUACUAGCGUAUCAUUGGUCUAGUUCAAAUGCAAGUGAAGGAUUCUGUGAAUAAUGCUUAUCACCAAAUGUAUAGAAACCUUCUCCAAAACAUUGUCUAUGCAAAUCGAUUUCCUCUUAGAAUGAUUGCUAACAGAAUUAAACAUGCAUAUGGAGAGAUGGAACAUGUGAAGAAAGGAAAUGUGCUGAAAUAGACCCUCCUUAAGCUUGCAUUUAAUUGGAACAUUGUGCUUGGUUUGCUAAUGCUUGUGUAGAAUUCACCUAAUGUGAAAACUAUAAAGCAUUCUCAAAUUUAGAAUGUUAAUCAAUAAAUAAGAAGUGCUUAUUAUCAGACACCUUAGAAACUUGCACUUCCAAAUAUUAAGAAUGCAAAACACAUAAAACUGAUGACAAAUGUAAUGGUAGCAAAGAUUCAAAAAGCGAAUAAUGUUAUUGGGAUGAAAAACUUAAUUCUUGUUAGGUUUGGACUCAAUGUUCCCAAUAAAAAUAGGCAACAUAUUGUGAAUAUAGUGGAGCAUGUUUUUGGGAAGGAGAAUGUAAGUAAAUUGAGUGCAAAUUAUUAAAUGAACAUUAAUGUACUCAUUAUUUAACAUCCCCAAAUUCUAAAACCUGGAAAUACUGUAUGCUCUUUGACACUUGCAAAGAUUUAGAUCCUGAUCUCCUUACCAAAGAUGAGUGCUAUGCUUUAUCCUAUGGACUUAGUACAUGGAAUUCAUCUAAAUGUUAAUAAUGUACAUUUCCAGAUGAUUACACACCUAUCCUAUCAUUUAUUGGUAUGAUUAUUAUAACGAUGUUAUGA